UCACUUCUUAUCACAGUUGACUCGAUGUUGACUGUUGAGCAAAAAUUUUCUAUCUUUCGAGUGUAUUUUGAUACCGCCGAUACCGGUAAUGAUUAAUAUCUAAAUAAUCUACCACCAUCUCAUGAAAGAAACCAACCUUCUCUUGUAAUGGGCUUCCGUCUAACCAUGUACAGAAAACUACUCGGCGUAUCUUCGUUCAGUACUUUCGCAGCUCUUCGAAAAGAAGUACCUAGGAAUUUGAAAAACAAAAGUAAAACUGCUCAAGAAUGGAUAAGUAGACAACUUUCCGAUCCUUAUGUUAAAGAAGCAAGAAUACACAACUUCAGAUGUCGAAGCGCAUUCAAGUUGCUGCAAAUAGACGAAAAAUACCAAAUAUUAAAACCAGGCGAUAUCGUAAUCGAUUGCGGAGCUGCUCCUGGUAGCUGGAGUCAGAUAGCUGUCACUAAAACCAAUUCCAACGGCAAAGAACCGGAAUUACCUACCGGUAAAGUAAUAGGUAUCGAUAAAAUCACCGUUAGCCCAAUCGAAGGAGCCAUUUUCCUUUGUCCUUACGACUUCACCGCUGAAAACACGCAGGCUAGAAUUCUGCAAGAGUUAAAUGGAUCCAAAGUCGACUCGGUGUUGAGUGAUAUGGCGCCAAAUGCCACCGGACAUAAACGUAUGGAUCACGAAUACCUUAUGGAAAUGGUGUACAGUGUUUUAAGAUUCGCCGUCCUUAACACCAAAAUAAAUGGAACACUUUUAGUUAAAGUGUGGAACGGAAAUGGCAUUAAUGAUUACGAAAAUAACCUCAAGAAAUUCUACAACAAUGUAAAAGUAGUUAAACCUGAUAGCAGUAGAGAUGAUUCAGCCGAAAUGUACUUCCUUGCUCGACAAUUCAAAGGUGCCAGGCAGAAAACAACAUCGUGAACCGAACUACAUCUUUUUCGAAUGGAUCCUGAAACAAACACAAGCUUAUGACGAUCUACAAAACGAAGUUCAUCCAGUGCUUGAAUCGACUUCGUUAAAAUUCUUAUAAUUAAAAACUAUACGUUAAAUUCCACCUACGGUAGUGGAUUUACUUUCUUGUUAUUCUUGUUGAAUUUGUUAUUCGUCGAAGGGUAAUUUUUACCCCACCGUUAAUGUAAAUAAACGACAAACGAAAUAACUCAA